UAUCGAUUGACUUCCUCCCUUGUUAAUUUUCCUAUGAUAAAAUCCCUCUCUACAAUCAUACAGUACUAAUUACCCAAUAUGAAACCAAUUCUCGCUCCUCUUUACCCUUUCAGCUUGUUUCUCCUCUUCGUCACCCUACUGGUGACCGGAGAGUCCACAACCAUCUACUCUCCAACCGAUGUUAUCAACCUUAGCUGUGGCUCAUCCGGCGGCAUGGACACUGACUAUGAUUCUCGAACUUGGAUUGGAGAUAUCAACUCGAAUCUUUCCCCUAUAGAAGUUGGUAGUACAUCCCAAGCUUUGCAAAACCCAGGCAUCUCCUCGACUUGGCUGCCGUACUCCACAGCACGGCUUUCACACUCAGAAUUCACUUACCGGUUUCCUGUCAAUCCUGGCCAAAAGUUCAUCCGCUUGUAUUUCUACCCAGAGUCAUACAACGCCGACUUCGACCGCUCCAAGUCUCUCUUCUCUGUCAAAGCCGGUGGCUACACCCUUCUCAAAGACUUCAACGCUUCUGUCACUGCAGAUGCUGGUUAUUUUGACACUGCAGUUGCUGGUUAUUUAGAGACGAUGCUCAAAGAAUUCUGUAUUAACAUUGAGCCGGAACAACAGAGGCUGAACGUCACAUUCACUCCCAGCAAAGAUGGAUACGCGUUUAUCAACGGGAUUGAAAUUAUCUCCAUGCCUGCCUCUCUUUACUACACUGCAGCCCAAGGCGAUGGACCUACUCUUAUCGGCACCAAAAACCGGCACCCUGUGAAAAACAACACCGCUCUGGAGAAUAUCUACCGAUUCAACGUCGGUGGAAGCCCGGUCUCACCGAAUGAAGACACCGGCAUGUACCGCACCUGGGAUUCAACGGACGACCUAUACUUGGAUAAGUCAAGUAUAGAUUUCAGCUUGAUGCCACACAUCAAUAAUGUUCGUCUCAAAUUUGCAAGAAUCCCUAACUACACUGCCCCGGAAGAGGUUUACCAAACCGGCAUGGAGAGCUACAAUCCCAUCUGGGGGUUUCCUGUAGAUCCACAAUUUAAUUACCUGGUGAGGCUUCAUUUUUGUGAGAUUGUACCAAAUUAUACGAUGGAUGGAGAUCGUGUGUUUCAGAUUUUUAUAAAUAACCAAACAGCGGAGCAGAAAGCGGACAUAAUCCAAUGGAGUGGAGGAAAUGGAAUUCCCGUAUAUAGAGACUACCUUGUGUUCGUGCCCAGUCGUCCAAACAAGAAGAAAGGUAAAGUUGAUAUCAUUGUUGCACUACAACCAAAUUCGAAAUCUAGAUAUAAGCAUGCAAUCUUGAAUGGGCUCGAAAUCUUCAAACUGAAUGACACAAACGGCAAUCUCGCCGGACCCAAUCCUGACCCACCGCCACCACCGCCACCACCGCCACCGCCACCACCGCCACCACCGCCACCGCCACCACCGCCACUACCGCCACUACCGCCACUACCGCCACCGCCACUACCGCCACCGCCACCACCGCCGUUCUCAAUCCCGACACAAACGGAACAACCAAAUGUGAAACCGCUUCCUAUGCUUCCUACCCUUGCCGGUGCAGUUUCGGUCUUACUUGUUCUUUCCUUAGUCGUGUUUUUACAAUGCAGGCGCGGAACAGAACUCAAGGACUCCAGCUCUAGCCACAGGAUGACGAGGCCAGCCAUGACCAGUAGGUCACAUUUACCUUCUUAUUUGUGUCGUUACUUUUCACUGGCAGAGAUCAAAGCCGCCACCAAAUACUUCGAUGAUACUUUCAUUAUUGGAGCUGGGGGAUUUGGCAACGUCUACAAAGGAUUCAUCGAUGGUGGAGGCACUCCAGUUGCAAUCAAACGGCUGAAAGCCAUGUCAUCACAAGGGUCCCGCGAGUUUAGGACGGAAAUUGAGAUGCUCUCUCGACUCCGCCACCGCCAUUUGGUGUCUCUUAUCGGAUUUUGUGCCGAUAAAGGUGAGAUGAUCUUGGUGUACGAUUACAUGGCACGUGGGACUCUUCGUGACCAUCUCUACCACACUGAUAAUCCACCUCUUCCAUGGGAACAAAGGCUUCAAAUUUGUAUUGGCGCGGCGCAAGGUUUGCACUAUCUUCACACAGGUACCAAGGGCACCAUCAUUCACCGUGACAUAAAGAGCACAAACAUAUUAUUGGAUGAGAAAUGGGUAGCCAAGGUUUCAGAUUUUGGGUUGUCGAGAGAGGGCACAAUGACCAUGUCUAAGACCCACAUUAGCACGAAGGUGAAGGGUAGUUUUGGAUAUCUUGACCCGGAUUACUAUCGACGUCAACAAUUAACUGAGAAGUCUGAUGUGUACUCCUUCGGUGUAGUGUUGUGCGAGGUAUUGUGUGGAAGGCCACCUAUAACAACCGUAGAUAAUAAUCGAGUUGGCUUAGUUGGAUGGGCCAAGAAGUGUCAUCGUAAUGGGAAACUUGAUCAAAUUAUUGACCCAAAUUUAAACGGUAAGAUUGCGGCACGAUGCUUGCACAAAUUUGUUACCAUGGCGAUGAAUUGCAUAGAUGAUAACGGAGUCAAUCGACCUUCGAUGGAUGAUGUUGUGAGAGGGCUUCAAUUUGCAUUGCAGUUGCAACAGAACAAAGAGGAUUAUAUUGAUUACGUUGAAAGGACGCAUGAAGAUAUGAUUGUUUCGAUCAAGGACAAUGAAGGGUCCAGUGAACAAGAUUGUGGGGCGAACGAAUCCGUGCAAGGGUUGACUGGGACUAUCUUCUCUGAGAUCAUCGAUCCGGUUGGUAGAUAAUAGACGAGCAACAUUGUUAACAAGAUGAGAGCAAUCUUCGUAGAAUAAUAGGAGCCUCUAUACGUGUAUUAUAUCAGAUGUCAUGUAAGAUGGAAUGCAUGUGUCACCUAAAAGAGUGGCGAUCAUUACCCUAUAAUCUAUCAAUAAUUUCAACUCAAUUCUUAUGUUAGUAAUCCUAUGCAUGAGUUUAGGAAAUGUGAAAGUCUUGUGCGUCUUUGUUGAA